CGCCCGCUCCACUGAAAAGUUGAGGGACGAAAUCUUCGAUUGCGAAAGACUACGAAUUUUCCAUGUGUUCCGCCUAAAGACACCUGCGGUCAAUCCUGCUGCCUCCAAAAUGGCGUCUAUGAUAACAAGUACAGCCUGGGUCCCGCGAGGUUUUGCGGCACCUUUCCCGACCAAGUACAACUUCGACGAGGAAGAAUUCGAUCGUAUCGCGAAGUUGGCGCAGCUCCAACUCGACGACGCCAAGGAAGACCUGGCCGAGGCGCAAGAGAAGGAGGAAGAGACGGAAAAGGCGCCAAAAAAGAAGAGCAAAGAGAAGCCAUCAGCGGAAGACGACGAUGAUGCUUCAGACAUCGAUAUCGACGACGACCUCAAGGAAUACAACCUCGAGAACUAUGACGACGAAGAGGAACCCCAGGGGGAGGCCCAGUCCAUGGGCAUGUUUGGGAAUGUCAAGUCGCUAGCCUACUACGACUCCAACAAGGACGACCCGUACAUCACCCUGAAAGACGACGCCGAAGACGAGGACGAGGACCGAGAAGAUCUGCAGAUUCUUGCGACCGACAACUUGCUCCUGGCCGCGAAUGUCGAGGACGAGCUUGCGCAUCUGGAGGUCUACGUAUACGAGGACUCGGCCGACAACCUCUACGUCCACCACGACAUUAUGCUCCCAGCGAUACCAUUGUGCGUCGAGUGGCUGGACAUCCCCGUCAGCAAGCCGGGGGUCGACAAGGACUCAUCGGGGAAUUUCGUCGCUAUCGGCACCUUCGACCCAGACAUCGAAAUCUGGGACCUGGACACGGUCGACUGCAUGUACCCCAACGCAAUCCUGGGGCAAGGGGGCAACGCCGAGGAGGACAAGAAAAAGAAGAAAAAAAAGAAGAAGUCGAAGAAGGCCAACGACGAGUACCACGUGGACGCGGUCCUGGCGCUCGCGGCCAACAGGAAACACCGGAACCUGCUCGCGUCGGCGUCGGCCGACAAGACGGUCAAGCUGUGGGACCUGCACACGGCCAAGUGCGCCAAGUCGUACAGCUACCACACGGACAAGGUGUGCGCGCUGGCGUGGCACGCCGUCGAGUCGACGGUGCUGCUGAGCGGCAGCUACGACCGCACGGCGGCCAUCGCCGACAUGCGCGCGCCCGGCGAGGCGCCCACCAAGGUCGGCGUGGAGAGCGACGUCGAGGGCGUCCGCUGGGACCCGCACGACCCCAACUUCUUCUACGUCUCGACCGAGCGCGGCAUCGUCCACUACUUUGACGCCCGCAACGCCUCCAAGGACCCCGCCGCGAGCAAGGCGGUCUGGAAGCUGCAGGCCCACGACGAGUCCAUCUCCUCGUUCGACCUGAACCCUGUCAUUCCCGGCUUCAUGGCUACGGGGUCUACGGACAGGACGGUCAAGCUGUGGAACAUCAGCGCCGAGGGGCCGUCGCUGGUUGUAUCCCGCGACUUUGACGUCGGCAAAGUGUUUUCUACGAACUUUGGUCCCGAUAAGGAGGUCGCGUUCAGGCUUGCCGUUGCCGGGAGCAAAGGGACCGUCUCCAUUUGGGAUACCAGCACGAACGGGGGUGUUCGGAAGGCGUUUGGCCAGAGGGUUCCCAGCAAGGCUACAGGGGAAGGUGAGGUUGAGGAUCGCCUCGUCGGUGUGGACGAUGACGAGAGUAGUAGCAGCGAGGAUGAGGAGGACGAGGACGAGGAUGACCAGGGCGUUGCGCUGAGCCAUGACGGAGACUCGAUGGACGAGGAUGAGGACUAAACCGCAUCCCGUUUAGGUGGAUGCGUGGGUGGUAGGACUGGAAUCAUCGACUCUUAUGGUCCAGACUCGAUGUUUCAAUAUGCCGAGAUGUAUACCCUAUUUUUGGACCGUCGUGCCGGGGUUUGCUCUAGUUCCAUUCCGGCUCGGAUGUUGCUAGUACGAUGGCAUCCCAGAAGCCAUUCUUGGGUUAUGACAAAGUUUCGCGCUACAGAGCACACAUUGUAUGUCCUGUGUCUGCCGAAGCAAGUUUUAUCGAAGAGUUGAUCAACAGCACAAACUGCACUCGACUCCGUUCCAAAAGGGGGGUUUGCAUGACAUCUGCCUCCGAUAUAAACUAGCGGCGGGGCCUCUUCAUGCAUUGGUUGGCGAUCUUCGACCGUUGACUUGUGU